GUGGGUGAAUGCGAGAGAGAAAGAGGACGCCUGCGGGAGUAGCAGUCGGUGUGAGAUAAAGGGCGCUGACUAGGGGGACGUGUAAGAAGCAGAGUUAAAACAGAAAGAAAUAUAACAAGACAGUAAAUUGUGGACAUUUUCUUAUGGGGGAUUUUUUUAAAGAUAUAUUUUAUUUGUUGGAAUUUUGUAGUACUGCCUGGGUCGUUGUGGAUUUCUUGAGAUAACACCAGAGAUUUCCAGUAACUGUAAUCCCAGAGGUAAACCAGGCCUUAAGUUCCGAAACAGCUGAAUCAGGUGACUGCUUAAAGGAAAAUGUCUCAACUUGCAAUUUUCUACUGACGUUCCAUCCUGUUCACAUUCUGAUGUGACCCACAGAAAACACCUAGUAGUAGGACAUUCCGACAAGUUGGCAACACACAAGACAUGAGUUUACAGAAGCACCAGCAGAUGGGCUCUGACAGAGACCUGCAGUCUGCCACCUCAUCAGUCAGCCUGCCUUCAGUCAAGAAGGCUCCAAAGAAACGACGCCUUUCGCUGGGCUCCCUGUUCCGUCGGAAAAAGGACACCAAGAACAAGUCACGGGACUUGAACGCAGGAGUGGAUGGCAUUGCCAGUAUCGAGAGCAUCCACUCCGAAAUGUGCAAUGACAAGAACUCUGCCUUCUCCACGGCUGGAGCUGCUUCCUUGAGCGGAACUGGCAUCUCCCUGGCAGGCGUCCCCACCUCCUCCACAUCCUCCCACAGCAAGAUGAGCGGGGACUUCUUGGAGUGCCCGCUGUGCCUUUUGAGACACUCUCGGGACCGAUUCCCUGAGAUAAUGACCUGCCACCACCGGUCGUGUGCCGACUGCCUGAGGCAGUACCUGCGCAUCGAGAUCUCGGAGAGCAGGGUGAACAUCAGCUGCCCGGAGUGCUCGGAGCGCUUCAACCCCCACGAUAUCCGCUUGAUCCUUAAUGAAGACUUGCUGAUGGAGAAGUACGAGGAGUUCAUGCUGCGUCGGUGGCUGGUGGCCGACCCAGACUGCAGGUGGUGUCCUGCGCCAGACUGCGGGUAUGCAGUGAUAGCAUUUGGCUGUGCCAGUUGUCCAAAAAUUACUUGUGGCCGUGAAGGGUGUGGUACAGAGUUCUGCUACCACUGUAAACAGAUCUGGCAUCCUAAUCAGACCUGUGACGCUGCUCGUCAGCAGAGAGCACAGAGUCUACGCUUGAGGGCAAUCCGUUCUUCAUCUCUCAGUUACAGCCAGGAGUCUGGCGCAGCAGCUGAUGAUAUUAAGCCCUGUCCAAGAUGCGCUGCUUACAUAAUCAAGAUGAAUGAUGGAAGCUGCAAUCAUAUGACAUGUGCGGUGUGUGGUUGCGAAUUCUGCUGGCUCUGUAUGAAAGAGAUCUCUGACUUGCACUAUUUAAGCCCUUCAGGAUGUACAUUUUGGGGCAAGAAGCCUUGGAGUAGGAAGAAGAAGAUUCUGUGGCAACUGGGUACUCUAGUGGGGGCCCCUGUUGGAAUUGCAUUGAUUGCAGGGAUAGCUAUUCCAGCCAUGAUCAUUGGCAUCCCUGUGUACGUGGGAAGAAAGAUUCACAACCGCUAUGAAGGAAAGGAUAUUUCAAAGCACAAGAGGAAUCUGGCAAUUGCUGGUGGCGUCACUUUGUCUGUAAUAGUUUCUCCAGUGGUUGCAGCAGUAACUGUAGGAAUUGGAGUUCCCAUCAUGCUGGCCUAUGUCUAUGGAGUUGUUCCCAUUUCAUUGUGCCGCAGUGGAGGCUGCGGGGUUUCAGCAGGCAACGGGAAAGGAGUGCGGAUAGAAUUCGAUGACGAAAAUGACGUCAAUGUGGGAGGUGGAAAUGCUGCCACUGAUGCUACGUCCGUAGCAGAAGCCCAUAACAACCCCAGUAUUGGCGAAGGCAGUGUUGGAGGGAUGACUGGGAGCCUGAGUGCCAGCGGCAGCCACUUGGACCGCAUUGGAGCAAUACGGGAUAACCUGAGUGAAACUGCCAGCACUAUGGCACUGGCUGGGGCUAGCAUCACAGGCAGCCUUUCUGGAAGUGCCAUGGUCAACUGCUUUAACAGGCUGGAGGUGCAGGCGGAUGUACAGAAAGAACGCUACAGUCUGAGUGGUGAAUCGGGCACAGUUAGUCUGGGGACAAUCAGUGACAAUGCAAGUACCAAGGCAAUGGCUGGAUCCAUUCUCAACUCCUACAAUCCUGUGGACAGAGAUGUAAACAGUAUGGAAGUGCAAGUGGACAUUGAAUCAAAGCCUGUUAAAUUCCGACACCACAGUGGGAGCAGCAGUGUGGAUGAUGGCAGCAAUCUGGGCCGUAGCAAUGCUGUUUGCACCUCCUCUUGCCUGCUGGAAAAUAAGUGCAGUGCCACCAAGUGGUCAAACGAUACAACUGCGGGGAAGAAAUGCAAAGGCAAGCUACGAAAAAAGGGCAGUACAAAGAUAAACGAGACCAGAGAAGACAUGGAUGCUCAGCUUCUCGAACAGCGGAGCACCAACUCAAGUGAAUUUGACUCUCCUUCCCUGAGCGACAGCAUCCCCUCCGUAGCAGAAUCACACUCCAGCCACUUCUCAGAGUUCAGCUGCUGUGAUAUGGAGAGUAUGAAAACUUCCUGUAGCCACGGUUCCAAUGACCACCACACCCGCUUUGCCACAGUCGGUCCCCUUCCUGAGGUGGAGAACGAUCGUUUGGAAAACUGUCCCAUUCCUGUAUCCACUGCACCCAUACAGAGUUCAGAGGUCACACAGUUAGGAUAUAUAGCGGAGGAGAACAUCAGCAUUGUGAAUUCAACUGAUGUGAACUUUAAAUCUGGGGAAUCUUUAAAGGAAACAAAUAACAACCAUCACCAGCCACCCGGUGCAGUGAAGAACACGUGUAUUCAGACUGAAAUCUAAUACCUUAAGUGCUGCAAAUACUGUUCUAUUUGAACUCGUCAUUCACGUCCCCAGCAAACAAGAGGUUGUUCACAUGACAGGAGCUGGUGUUUAUUUCUGAGCAGCCUUAGGAUCAUUUUUGAAAGUUAGAUUCAAUCCAAAUGCCUAUGUAACAGGGUAGCAUACUAUAUUGAUCAAGGUUCUAAUGGCAAAUUUCUAAUGACUACAAAAGUGAUGCAGGAAUGGAAAAAUAGUAAAGAUGUAUAAUUUUUUUUAUUUUUUUUUUAACUACCCAAAUGUUGCUUGAAUUGUUUUCUUCAAACAGCAUUAAAACAUUGCAUCCCAUUGCCACUGCAAGAACAGUAAAGUAGCCACUGUCACUCUAGGUAGUGACUAACCUGGUUACCUGUCCCCCUUUUUUCUUAUGUUUAGUUUUUAGUUGUAGACCUUAACAUAGUUAAUGUGGUUUAGCAUUCUGUUAGUGGUUUAAGACAACCACUGUGCCACUUCUAUGUAUAUGUCCAGUCAAACUCAUGCAGAAGCCCAAAACUUGGUAGGGAACAGGCAGUUUGUAAAGGGUCUGGAUUCAAAUCUCAUAUUUAUGAAACUGGUUAAAAGGUGUAAUUUUUUUGUAAAAGGAGUGUGUGCUAUAAGUUGUAACUGGGAGAGAGCAUACAGUGAUAGUGCUACUCACUUGUAGAGUAAUAGGAUGCUGGACCCUUUUAAUUGUAAUGAAACUGUAUACUAUUAAUUGAUUCAAUGGCUUUUUUUUUUUUUUUUUUUUUUUUUUU